AUGUCUGAACCCUCUCUUCGCAUAGGCCUCCCGGGAGCGCUUGGGGAUGAUGAUGACGAGGACCUUCGAGAGAAAGAUAGUCCCUCCAAGAAGCCGAGAGCGAGCCACAACAAGAGUCCAGGGGAGGUCACUAUGGACUCUCUGCGGCAGCUGCUCUGGGAGCAGGCUCAGAUGCUCCUAGAUGCCCAGAAGUCCAGCACGGCUCAGGUUCAGCAUGCGUUGCAGGACCUUGAGAAGAGGCAGUCGCAGCGAAUGGAUGUGGUCGAGGCCCAGCUUCAACACCAUGAUGCCAAGGCCGCGGGGAUCGAGGAGAAGAUGCUUGAUCUACAGGACAGACUCGCCAAGGUUGAGCAGGGACAAAGCUCAGCUGCAGGAAGAGGACCCGACAGAAGGGCGACCCUUGUGUUUGGUGGGUGGAAGAAUCAGACCCGGAAAAGUGUGCUGUUACACCAGCUCAACGGCGCGAUUGCCGGGCUCAACUUGAAGGAGCAGUUCGAUUCGGAUCCGUUCACUACUGGCCUGCGGAGGUCCAUAGCCCUGUGCAAUUUCAAGAAACGGGAUGGGGAAGGCGAGGACGGUUGCCGUGCACGCAUGCUGAGCAUUCUGCAGACCAUCAACGCGGCCAAAGUUGACAUGGACGGUGCAGACAAGCCGCUCUGGUGCUCCUUCUCGAGGUCGCCGGAGGAAAGGGGCAGGGCAGCCCUUGCGGCGCUGGUUAAGAAGUCGGUCAUGAGAUUGUGUCCGGGGCGAGGUGGGGACCUCGAGGUGGAGUUCUCCUCGGGGAUGACCUGGAUUCGCGAAGAUCAGCUCAGCGGCAUGGGCAAUGCACCCAGAGAGGUCAGAAACCCCAUGGAAGUGCUCACUAAGGCUGGCAAAGGCUGGAUCGAUGAGCACACCCUUGCGAAGUGGUGUGAAGUCAAUGACGAUCAGAGGGGCUCCAGUUCUGCUGUGGAUGAGAGUCUUAGGUCUGCCACAGAGAGCAGCUCGAAUGGCUUCAAGAUCCUCGGGUGGAACAUCGGUGGGGCCGACCCGCACCAACUGUCUAAGGCAGUCGUGGAUGGCUCAGGCUCGCACCUGGGAAAAAACGACCUCAUGCUGUUGCAGGAGCUUCCAAGAGCAUGUGAAGGUUGGUCAUACAUGCAGAUUUCAGGGCAAAGGUUGGUGGGCCACCGGGCAGGGUCGCAGUGGAGAGGGACAGGGUUGUGGUAUGAUGAACGAGCUUGGUGUGUCCUCCGUAAGCUUGGAACUCGCAAAGGUACGUGGUUCAAACUCCGCCACUUGGAAUACCCUUUCGAGCUUUGGCUUGGAACUGCUCACUUUACGCCAGGGUGUCCUGUUCAGCAGUACGAGGAGGAGGCAGCGAACCACUUUGGAGGACUUCCGAGAGCUGCGCAUAGGGUGGUGUUUCAGGGUGAUGUCAACACCGGGUUCACAUGGCAGGCUGAUGAAGGGGAUGUGACCGCAGUCGCAAAAGAGGGAAAAGGGGGAGUUCUACAUCAAGUCUGCCUGGAACACAGCCUUCGGAUUCUCUCCCCCGGGCCUGCCUACCAGCAACUUCCCACUACCAGGCCUCGGCAGGAGGACAGAGAGGGCCAGUGCAUCGACAUCUUCGCCGGGAAGUGUGUGCUCCCUAGAGGGGUAUGGAUUCAUGCUGACUCCUUCAUGUGCCUGGGUACGGACCAUGAACUCCUAGAAAGCAGGUUUGCCUUUCCGACACCCAAGAAUCACAGUCGGCAUGCUAGCCAACCUCGGGUCUGGACUGGGCACCUUGAGCAGAUUGACCACAUUGACCAGGAUGUCCUCGAAGCACUUGCUCACAGUCACACCAAGCAAAAGCCAGGGAUGGGGUACCGAGAUACAAAAGAAGUCAAGGCAGCAUUUGCUGAAGCAAAGCGGCAGGGUACAUCUCAGCUUUGGAAACACGCCCUCAAGCUCAGGAAGGAAGCGAGGAAGAAGUGGGAGUGGGAUAGACUUCAACGUGCAAGCCAGGGGGAUUGGGGGUCAUUCCGUGCCCUUAAGCGCCCCAAGCAAGAGGGAUGGGAUGUGGUCUUCUCGGAGCACCAGCAAGGUGAUCCACAUGUGGCAGUGCAUGAACAUCUCACCUCUGUGUAUGAUGGCGAGGAGAUUUCUCCUGGCGAGACCUGGCGCGGGGAUAUCGAAGCAUUCACCAUCGAAGAGCUACGAACGGGUCUUGGGCAUAUGAAGAGAGGGAAGUCAGUAGGGGUUGAUGGCACCUCCGUGGAACUGUUGCAGGGCAUUGUUGCAGUACCUGGAGGAGAGGGUCACCUGCUCGAGUACUUCAACAGGGUUCUUACCACACAGGAAAUCCCCUCCAAGUGGAAUGAGCCUCUCCUCGUCAUGAUUCCCAAGGUGACAGCCCCCACACUCCCCAAGCACCUCCGACCAAUUGCUAUGUCCAGCGCAGUUGGGAAGUUGUUUGCACGCCUGCUUCUGAACCGUGCUCUCCCCAAGAUCUGCCCUACCACCUAUGCUCAGGGCGCAGGCAAGCACCGUCAGACAGCGGACUAUUUGUACACUGUCUUCCGAACCCUUGAGCUCUGCAGAGAGUGGGGUCACCCCCUCACCAUGUUUAAGCUCGACCUUGAGAAGGCCUUCGAUCGACUAGAUCGACCGGCACUACUACACCAACUGGAGGCAAGGCUCGGUGCUGGGGCUGAACUUCAAUGUUGGCGAGGGUUGCUGAGAACCACGAGAGCAUGUUUACAGACCCCGUGGGGGAACAGUACGGUCAACAUGAAGAGAGGGAUAAAACAAGGGUCGGUGGAGUCCCCCAGCUUCUUCGGACACAUUACAGAAAUGGUCCUGGCAAUGGCGGUUGCCUCUCCCCGGUGGCAGGAGCACCCCAGGGUUUUGGAGGGAAUGGACGCGGAAGAAAUGCUCUUCGUUGAUGAUGGUGUUCUGUGGACCCGAAGCUGCCGUGCUAUGGAAUCCAGGGUCGGGGAACUCGUGGGCUACCUCUCCAACUUCGGGCUCUCCCUUAACCCCCAAAAGUGCCAGCUUUAUGUCUCGAAGAACGUGAGAGAUGGAGAUGAGAUCAGGGUGAGUGACACAGUGGUCAAAGCCUCAGGGGUCAUGGAAGUAAUGGGAAUCUCCAUGUAUGUGGGCAUCUCAAUCUAUGAGCUGAUCUCCCCCCUGACCUCACGAGCAAGGGCAAAAUUCUGGGAGCUGCGGCAUAUCUUCCGAUGCAAGUCGGGGAUGAAGGGCAGGGUGAGGGUUCUACAAAGGGUAAUUGGAGCAACGGCACUUUGGUGCCUGUGCAGCUUCCCUCCCGAUGCUGCUGCAAUGUCCCUGCUGAACGCUACGCAAUUGCAACUGAUGGUAUGGCUUCUUCGCUUCUCCAAGAAAGAGAGUGAGUCAUGGGUUGAGUACCGUCAGAGGGCAUUUAGAGGGGCGAGAAGUGCUCUCUGCAACUCUGGAGUUGAGAGAUGGUCCACCCUGUGGUUGCGUCGAUGGUGGUCGUUCGCCGGGCAUCGUGUUCGAGGAAUGCUCGCACCCCACCCCGUCAUCAGUUCACUGUACGAGGAUUUCAGAACGGGUCCGUGGUGGCAACUUGAAAAGCAAAAGAAAGACGGCCUGAAGCACUGCCAGCACUACCCCCGGUUGUCCAACCUCGAAACCAAGAUGAACAUGGUGACCCAAGGGCCUUGGCGCAUAAGAGCACAUGAUCGUGUUGCCUGGAAACAGCUUGAAGAUCGGUGGGUGGAGUUGAUGGACUUGCCCUGGUCGUCGGGGAGACAGCUUUCAAUCAGGGAUCUUUAG